AUGGAAAUAAAUGGGUUGCACCAAAUUGAAUUCGAACAAUCAACUAAAAACGUUAGUUUGGAUGAUUUAAGAAUCGACGAGAAAUUUUAUUCAAAAGUUUUUAACAGUAGUAAAGCAGCAAAUAAAUUGACUUCAUUUUCAAAGUGGUCUCGAUGGAGUGCGUGCCAAGGUGGUCAUAAAACUAGACGAAAGUACUGCUUAAAUCGACAAGUUUGUGGCGAUUCUCUUCGGGUAGAAGUUGCAAGAUGCAGCGUCUCUGGGGAUAUGCGAAGACAAUAUUUUUCAUCAAAAAACAAAACAAAAGAGUCCACGCCGCAGCAAAUGAAGAAAGAUAUUGUUCACAUAAGAUCGACGCAGUUAAGGGUAAAUGAAGACAUACAGAAACAGUUCCGAGGUUUUUCUCCUUGGGGACCAUGGGGCCCAUGCUCACGAAAGUGUACAACUGUUAGACGUAGAUUUUGUCAGAGAGGAACUAUAUGCGGGACAAAGGUAAUUAAGCAGUCAGCUUAUUGCUACCUGGAAGGCAGCUAUUGUCAUUUAUGGAUCCGCAGCAGGAUGCAGCGACGAAAGGACCCAGAAUACACAGUAGUAGGAACUAUGGCGCCACCAGCGAGGGCGAUUCACCCGGAAGAUACACGUAUGUCGCCGCGGACGCCACCUUGCGGCCGUCUCGGGCGAUACCGUGGCUCGCAGGAGGCGCGAGCGCGCACUCACGUGUGGGAUAUGCUGCGUAUCAUUGGUGGCCGUCCUGCUCCACCCGGCAAGUGGCCCUGGCAAGUUGCAGUGCUUAACCGAUAUAAGGAAGCGUUUUGUGGUGGUACUUUAAUUUCUCUCUGGUGGGUGGUGACUGCAGCGCAUUGUGUGCGGCGGCGACUGUUCGUGCGCCUGGGAGAACAUGAUCUAUUCGUACGCGGUAAUGGCGAGCUGGAGAUGAGGGUCGUGGGCGCUGUCGUACAUCCACACUACGACCCUGAUACUGUCGUAAACGAUGUGGCUAUGUUAAAGCUGCCUGCUGCAGCCCGCCCAGAGUUGGGUCACGGGAUAGCAUGCCUACCACAACCACAUCAGCUAUUGGCACCGCAUACUACUUGUACUAUACUGGGCUGGGGCAAGAAACGGGCAACAGACGCCCAUGGCACGAGGAUUUUACAUGAAGCGCAAGUGUCAACGAUACAACAAGGAGUAUGCCGUCGAUCGUACUGGCAGUACGCCAUCACUGACAACAUGGUGUGCGCUGGGCGUGGACGCAGGGACUCCUGUGCUGGGGACUCCGGAGGGCCACUUUUAUGUCGAGACAGAAACAUGCGCUAUUUCUUACAGGGCAUAACAAGUUUUGGUGAUGGAUGUGGCAAGCGGGGCAAGUACGGCAUUUACACCCGCACCGCAGGCUACGUCACGUGGAUGCGGGACGUCAUGAACAAACAAUAUUUCGAUGAUUGA